GUCCUUCCGUUAUCGGGAAGAACACUGCAUUUUGACAAAAGAGAAGAGAAAGUUCACCGAAAGCGAAUGACGCGCCGCUGUUGGAUGAACCGGUGAGGGCUGAUGUGCGCGGUGAUCAAACCACUUUCUUCUACUGCCUUUAAGGAUCAUUGUUCAAAGUUACAUUCUCGGGGCACCUGGAAAGAAUGUCCUCGAAGGAUAAAGAGAAUGGGUGGUAUGAAGGCAUCAAUUCUAAUGGAGAGCAUGGACUAUUCCCAGGAAAAAAUGUGGAGUUGAUGAUGGACACUGUGUCGCAUCCUGAGAUUGAAGAAACCUGUGACAUUGACUCAAACUAUGAAGAACUUGAUGCCGUUGAGAUCAGAUCAAAGAAAUCUAGCAGCUAUUCAGACACGUCUGAAUCAAUUGACCAAGAUUAUGAGAUGAUUAUCCCUGAACCAGAGGACAAGGGAGAAGGUAACGAACAAUCUCCUAAAAGAACAAACAGAUUGUAUCAGUUUACAAAAACACAAGCUGAGCCCUUCAUUUCUGGAAAAACCGUAAAGACAACAACAAAAAUUCAGCUAGCAUUCAAUGAAUAUGGUGCAUCCUGGGUUUAUCCAACUGUACCAUUGGAAUGCAUUGUAACCAAUCCUCAGAUAGAAACUAAAUAUUCAGGGAUGAAGAAAUAUAUUUCUUAUCAAAUUACACCUAAUGACACAAAUGUAUCAGUUUACCAUCGGUACAAGCAUUUUGACUGGCUGUACGGUCGACUAUUAGAGAAGUUUGGUUCAUCAAUCCCAAUCCCUCUACUUCCAGAAAAAGACGUUCCAUGGCGGUUUAGUGAAGACUUUAUUCAGGCUCGAAUGUGUGGACUGCAGAUCUGGAUCAACCGCAUAUCUCGUCACCCUGUGAUUUCCCAGAGUGAAAUUUUCCAACACUUUAUCAGAAAAAAAGAUGAAAAAGAAUGGAAAACUGGUAAAAGGAUUGCAGAGAAAGACGAAGCAGUUGGAGGAAUGGUAUUCUCUGAAAUUAUGCCGUCAUCAGAGUUUAAGCUGCUGGAUGGAGAAGAAGCAGAAAAAUGUUUGACCUUUGCCAAGUGUAUGGGAGAAAGUGUCAGAAAUCUUAUAACAGUGACAGAAGAACACAUGGCACGGUGCACUGGAGCAUUGAAGUCUGAAUAUAUCAAAAUAGGAAGAGCUUUCUCUGAUUUGUCAGCAUCAUUUGGUAAAAGCACCUAUCAUGGGAAAGGCUCAAUUGAAAAUGCUUUAUCAUUUGUUGGAAAAACAUACGAUGACAUUGGGAAUCUUCAUUUUGAUCAGCCAAAAAAGGAUGCUCACAGCCUGAUCGAGAUCAGUAAAGAGUACAAAGGGCUGCUGACUUGUUUCCCUGAUAUUAUAAACGUCCUCAAGGGAGCUCUGGAAAAGGCUCAUGAAUAUGAAAAGCUUGCUCACACCAACAAAGUCACAUUGAAAGAAAAAGAAGCUAUUGUUUUCAGAGCUGGAAUUGUGUCUUCAGCUAUUGAAGCUGAAAUCAAUCAUUUUAACUAUGAACUUACCAGUGACUACAAAGUAACAGUUCAACAUUUUCUCUAUGAACAGGUUCAGAUGUAUAAUAAGAUAACAGAUAAAUUGAGGGAAGCAUAUGCACGUUUUGAAUUCUAAUUGUGAACCAUUUAGACUCCACAGAUAUUGCAAUUCAUGUAACAUCCUCAGAUAUUGUAACUUGAUG